AUGGUGAAUUUCUCUGACAUAACAUAUAUGGAAAUUAUUCGGUCAGAAAAUAAGGGUGUCUUGUUCCUUUCUGGAGUCAAAGGGGGAUAUAUUUCUACUAUUGCACAGGAGGUCUUUCCUAACCUUGGAGAGCUUUGUAUUGAAAAUCAUGAAGUAGUCAUAUCGCCAUCUUUCACCAAUAAGAGAGAUGAAGUCCCUGAGUUGGAAGGAUGUGUUAGCUUGCUUGGUGAUUCUAUCCUUCAUUUGACAGGUGUAUCUUUCCACUCUACCAUAUGUUUAAGUGAGAAAGCUGUACUUUAUAUUCAACAACCAACUGAAUAUCCUUUGAAGAUUGCUACCUUUGUAGGACAAAGUAUUAUUUACAUGUACUUUCCUGAUGGGCCCCUCGAACUCCAUACUGAAGAUCCAGGAUUGUUUUAUUUUUCUGAUGAUGCUGGAUUUUAUUAUGGAGUGGAUGUUGGAACUUCAUACACUUUUGUCAAAAAUGCUGAACGCCGUUGGUUUGUUAUAAAACCAGGAGAAACCCCUGAUGGAGUUCAUGGCUGUCCUUGUAAUUGCUUGGUAGAUCCUGUAGAAGUUCCGGGAAUCGAGCCUGAAAUCUCAACACAAACCACCGAAGGUCGUACUGAAAUUCUUACAAUCACCACUGCUGAUGGAAAAUGGACCACUAUCACAUAUACUCAAACGGAAGAUCCGACAACUGAAUCUUCAAUUGAACCUGAAGAUCCAACUGAAACUGAGCCUGAGGAUCCAACUGAAACUGAGCCGGAGGAUCCAACUGAAACUGAACCUGAAGAUCCAACUGAAACUGAGCCUGAGGGCCCUCCUGAAACUGAUUCUUCAACUGAGCAUCAAGAUCCAACUGAAACUGAAUCUGAAGAUCCGGCUGAAUCUGAUGCCUCGACCGAUCCUGAUACUUCAACUGAACCUACAAUUGAAUCUGUAAGUUCGACGGAAUCUCUGCCAUCAUCUGAACCUGAAACCGACUACCAAUCUUCAAUGAUUUCUUCGUCGGAUCCUGAGACUUCAGGGUCUCCUCAAACUUCAGUGUCAUCUUCAUUGGAUCCUGAAGAUUCUACUGCAUCUUCGGUAGAUACUGAAGUUUCUGCCAUUUCUGCACCAGAAUCUUCGCUAGAAACUAAAGAUUCAUCAGAAUAUAGUUUCUCGACAUUGCCACAGCCAGAGUCUGAAUCUUCAUCGAAGACGAGGUCAGAAAGACUCACACCAACUACACUUACUUCAUCAACCACUGUUACCAUUGGCACUUGUUCCAUUCCUGAUUCGACUAUUUGUACAAAAUCUACAAUUUCAAGUGUCACUGUUCUUACAACUGAAAUUACAAUUACGAAACUCAUAACUGUAACAUCUGGAUUCGCAACCUCUACUAGGGAGACAGUCAUUGUUGUUCCUACUGUGGUGACUCAAACAAUCACCAUCACUACCGAUGUUCCAAUUUGUACUGACACGGUUGAAAUCACUACUUCGACGUUUAUUUCUUCAGAAAAGACGGGUUCUGGUUCAGGUACUUCAGGCACAGAGGGUCCAGAUAUCCCAACUACAAUUUCUCCACCAAUUGGAUUAGCUAGAAGAAAUAUUGGAAAUGGAAUAAUUGUAGGUUUGACUGUUCUUGCAUGCUAUGUAUUUGUUGCUUAG